CCUUGACGCCGCUCCCGGAGCCGGUGCUUUCGCUUUUAGCUGCUCCCGGCACGGAGAGGCUCGGACACUGGGAUGGGGCCGUCAUCCUGUCACCCCUGACACACGGACUGGAGCCCUGGCGGGACAGCAAGGCUUCGGGAAGGACAUGGCACAGACGGUGACACCAGGCACGUCCCCAGAGGGGCCUCAUCCCUUCUACAUGUACAAGGUGGUGCUGCUGGGCAGCAUGUCCGUGGGCAAGUCCAGCCUGGCCUACAGAUACGUGAAAAACGACUUCAGGGAGCUGCUGCCAACCGUGGGAUGCUCCUUCUUCACACAGAUACUCGACCUGGAGGAGGCCACUGUCAAGUUUGAGAUCUGGGACACGGCGGGCCAGGAGAAGUACCAGAGUGUCUGUCACCUCUACUACCGGGAUGCCCACGCUGCCCUCCUCGUUUAUGACAUUGCUAACAAGCAAACAUUCAGCAGAGCAAAGCUGUGGCUGGAGGAGCUGGAGAAGAAAUUCCUUCCCGAUGAAAUCGUGAUUGCUCUGGUGGGCAACAAGACUGACCUUGCUGCUGAGCGAGAGGUCACCGCUGAGGAGGGGGAAGACUUUGCACAAACAAAAGGCCUCCUGUUCAUGGAGACAUCUGCAAAAUCCAACCACCAAGUAAAUGAUGUCUUCAUGGCCAUAGUCCAAGAGCUCCUGAGGAGGGAAAAAGAGAAGGCAUCGAAGCCAUCCCCACGUGGGAGGUCGACCGUGGACCUGCGGGCGAGCGGGGCGAGUUCGAGGUGCUGCCGGAGCUGAGGAUGUGACACUCUGCACUCAGCAGGGCCAGGGACAAAGCUGGGGGGCUCAGAGCUGCAGGGACAGCUCAGCCUGAGCACCCUCCCUCUCACAGCCCCUUCAGAGCCCACCCUGGGUACACGGGGCCUCUUCAGCCCUUCAGCCCCAUCUUCAGCUGGGAGAUAAAGCACAGGGGUUUCUUCCACCAGUCUUCCAUUUCCAGAGAAAAGCACAACCUGGCAGGAACACUGCCACCAACCCUGACUGGUGACAUCCCCCCAGCCCCAGCUGUCACCUCCUCCAUCUCCCUUUCCCUCUGAAAAUCUAAUUUCCCAAAGCAAAGAUCCCGGUGGUUUUACACCCAGGCUGCAAAUAAAGAGAA